CAGUGAAACUCACACAGUUGUUGUCACUGAGAGGUGAAAUGGCGCAGACAGGAGUUCAGCUGGACCAGGAAGACUUCUCUUGUUCCAUCUGUCGGGAUCUACUGAAGGAUCCGGUGGCUAUUCCCUGUGGACACAGCUUCUGCAUGAACUGUAUUAAAAGACACUGGGAUGAGGAAGACCAGAGACAUGUCCAUAGCUGCCCUCAGUGCAGAAAGACGUUCAGACCGAGGCCUGACCUGGUGAAAAACACCACGUUAGCAGCUUUAGUGGAGGAGCUGAAGAAGACUGGACUCCCAUCUUUAGCAGAUUGUACUACUGCACUCAGUCAGUCUACACACUCAUCCAGCAUCGACAUGCAUUCUCUGAGAUACUUUGAGGAUGUGACAGCAGCUGUGUCAGAGGUCAGAGAGAAACUACAGGAGGCCCUGAGGGAAACAUGGACAAACAUCUCACUGACACUGGCUGAAGUGGAUGUUUUACUGUCACCAGCAGAGCCCAAGACCAGAGAUGGAUUCUUAAGAUAUUCAUGUGAAAUCACACUGGAUCCAAACACAGCAUACACACGUCUGUUAUUAUCUGAAGGAAACAGAAAAGCAACAGCAAUUAGUCAACAACAGUCUUAUUCUAGUCACCCAGACAGAUUCACUGAUAGGUGUCAGGUCCUGAGUAGAGAGAGUCUGACUGGACGUUGUUACUGGGAGGUGGAGUGGACAGGGGAAGGACUUAGUGUAGCAGUCGCAUACAAGGAUAUCAGGAGAACAGGGGGCUGGAAGGAAAGUCGAUUUGGAUACAAUGGCAAAUCUUGGGCAUUAAAUUGUGGUCAAAACAGUUAUUUUCUUUGGUACAACAACAUCCACAAUCCUGUCUCAGGUCCUCGGUCCUCCAGACUUGGAGUGUACCUGGAUCACACAGCAGGUAUUCUGUCCUUCUACAGCGUCUCUGAAACCAUGACUCUCCUCCACAGAGUCCAGACCACAUUCACUCAGCCUCUCUAUGCUGGACUUGAGCUUUAUAGUGAUGGAGCCUCAGCUGAGUUCAUUAAACUCAAAUAGACAGAAGUGACUUCAGAUGCAGUUUGUUAAAAUCUUUGUUUUAAAGCUGAAACUUCUUAGUUUUCCAUGUUUGUUGCUUGGAGCCUAAACUGACGUUUGUCCACAUGAAGAUGUAAACUUCUCUGUGCUCUAAAUGUUGGAGGAAUAUUUGUACUGAUGUGUUUGUGUGUUGUUGUGUCUCCUCCAGAG